AUGCCGGACAUACCAAUUCCGGACAUUCCAGAAGUUAUCCCAGAAAGUGUUCCACUGCCUGACAGAACGGAGAAUCAACUUUCAAGUUGCCCUCAACCUUGUGCCCCACCUUGUGUAACACCUUGUGCCCCACCAUGUGCCCCACCGUGCCUCCCACCUUGCCCAUCGCCGUGUCCACAACCGCAAAGCAUUUGCAUGCUUCCACUUGCUAAAGAUUGUGUGUGUGCGUGUAUGCAUUUCAGCGGCUUUCCCAAUAAUGCCAAUGACACCGGGUGA